AUGGCAGCAAAUGCAAAAUCUGGUCGAUGGCGGGUUAAAGUGACGUCUCUUCCUACAUCCAUUACCAUAGAACAAUUAGCUCAAUCAUUGCACAUUUCUUCCUCACGAGUCUGUAUUCCAAAAACUCAAGGUAAAGCAACUUACUAUGCCUGGAUCAACGAUUUUGAUGACGAACAAGAUGCAAAUGAAUUCGUACUUCAAAAUGCACAACUAAUCAUUUCAAAUUUACAUAUAAAAUGUUCUGCAAUUGAGUCUAAAGAUGACAGCAUGAAUUUUCAACAUCAACCACGAAGAUGUUCCGUGGAUACUCGACCACAGAAAAAGCCUACUUUAACGAAUACCAUCCAGCAUAAGAACUCACAGCAACGAUCAGCGUCAGCUGCUCGAGUUUCAACGCAGACUCCUGACACUGAGUGUGAGCGUCAUUCGAGACGUCAAAAUUAUGAUUCAUGUUUACCGUCCAACUGUCUUCUUGCUCAUACACAAGGAUUACCUUCCAAACAGUGUCUUAAUGACAUUCAAGAUUAUUUACAUCCGCUUCAACCUGCCGAACCAUCAAAACCAAUAGUUGCUAUGCCGUUGGCAGCGUAUAACAAGCCAAACAUCUUUCCUGGCUCAACAAAGGAACGACCAAGAGAAGUAAUUGAGUUAAGUAUUGCCGAGCAAAAUUUUCUUGAAUAUUUUGGUGACAAAAUCUUGGAUAAAAUUCGUAAAGAACAAGGUAUUGAAGAUGUAAAAGUUAAAGAUGGUAAACUUCAACUAUCAGGAAAUAGUUUAACAAUUACAACUAUAAAAUCUUACUUAAAACAAGUACUUCAUGAACAGAAUGUGAUAAUCCCAAAUAGUCUGAAGAAAUAUUUACAGUUAUCUGCUAAAGGAUGUUUAAUGAAGAGAUUUUUACAAAAAUAUUCUCUAGGAAUUUCUUAUCUGGAAAUAUCAACAAACCCUUCUUUGAAUACCAAUGAUAUAAUUACAAUUAAAAACCGUGCUAAUGAUCAUGAUAAAUAUGAAAGAGAAAAGCAAUAUGAUAGUGAUCGUGAUAUGGAUCAAUCUGAAGAUGAUGAUGAUGAUAAUCGAAAGAAUGAUGUUUCAAAUACAUUAUCAAAUGUCGCAAAUAUUUCGAGUAAUCUUAAGCAUUGUCGUCUAUAUGCUCAAAAAUUUAUACAACUAACAUUAUGUAAUGACUCAAAAGAUUUAUUAUCUAAAGCUAUAAAAGAAUUAAAAAGUUAUAAUUUGUACACUCAAUUAUGGACAUUAACACAAGAUGAAAUUACAUACAUUUUAAAACAACCACAACCGACCAAACCUUCAAAAAAUAAUACUAAAAUUGGCAAUCAAUGUUUUCAGAUUAAAUUUUUUCUCAUUAAUCUCAUUCGAUCUACUCGAAAUUCGAUCGUAGAGAUUUUUGUAGAUUAUAAAAAUGGUUUUUGGCGUGUGAAAGUGAGAGGAUUCAAGAAUCAUGUCAACAAUGCUAUGUCGAAAAUAAAAAAUUGGUUAAAUGAUAAUAUUGAAACUGAAGUACAACUUCCUAUUUCAAAAGUUAUGUCAAUUUUUCUUCGAACAAAAGUUUCCUCUGAUAUAAAAAAAUUGGAAAAAACUCAUUGUAUAAAAAUAACAACCAUUUCGGCAUCUUAUCGAAAACAUUUGAAUGAUGAACAAAAUGAUGAUAAUGAUUGUUUAAAACUCAGUGGUUCUUAUUCACACAUUACUUUGGCACGAGAAAGCGUUGAAAAUUUUCUCGAAAGUUUAUCUGAACAAGAAAAACAAUUUCCUUGUCAUAGUUGGGAUAUUUCAAAGAAUAUUUCUCAUAUUAUUCGUACACGUCUGAAAAAACUACAAAAUUCGGAUGAUUGUGAAGCAAUAGGAUGGAUUAAAAUCUAUACAGCGACCCAAAAAAGAGAUAUUACACCAACAAUUACUAUAUCAAUAGUUGGUCUAAAUGAAGAAGCAGAUUGGGGAGUUAAAAUAUGGUUAAUUAUUUCAUUACUUAUGGGUAUUGCAACACUAACAAUCGGUUCACAUGGUGUAUCAAAGAUAAAUUCUGAUAGAAAUACGAAAAUGCUUGAUCGUAAUAAAUAUCUGGCAACAUUCAUCUACGAAAUUCUCACAGCUAGUCUUAAAAUUAUAGAUCCUCUUCUCGGGUUCGCUUGUCUCUAUACUAAAAAAAGAAUUUACUUGCAACUGUUUAUUGGCUUGAAAACAUUUCUCAUUUCAACACAACUCGUUGGUACAACAUAUCUCUUUACGAUUCGUUUAAAUUUUGAACAAAUAACUAACACACGUUAUGAAGCAUGCUACUAUAAACUGGAAAAUGAUAUAGAAUGUAUAGAAGCAUGGGAAUCGUUACAAGAUACUUAUCCAGAAUGUGAUAGUGCUAUCUCAGUUCCAGCUUCAAGACAUUUCUACUAUUCACAACAGAAACAACAACAACAACAGAUACGUCUCUAUCAAUUGAUUGAAUCUCUUCCUGCACGUGUGAAUAGUACACAGAGCAUAAUUGAUAGUACUACAGUCAAUGGUACAACAACAAAUGUUCUCUUGUGGUGGAUUGAUCUUGCUAAUGAAACGCAAGAGAUUCAUGAUGAAUAUUUAAGAAAUCCUAGUGUUGUAACUUCAUCAGAACUUCGUCGAUUGAUCCUUCUUUUACCAGAAACUAUAAAAAAUAUUUCACUGAUCAUUAAUAUGACAACAACAACCGUUACAAUACAAACGACCACGAAUACUCCGACUACAACGACAACAAGGACAACUGUUACAGUUUCAACUGUGAUUACAGAAUUAUCAAACAGCAUAUUCUCCCAUACAUCACAGCCAACCAUCGGGCCACUAUCGACAGAUGAAUUGCUGGUCCCCUCAAUUUCUCAAUUUUUCGAAUUAUCAACCACUGAGAUUACAACCGACCGUCAAUCAUCUUUCGUUCAUCCACACCUUUCGACUAUGUCAUUGUCAAGUGCGAUAUUGACUGAUGAUUUAGUCAUGUCCGAAAAUCCAGUCGCUUCGACAGCGGCUACAGAUCUGCUCCAAGAUUUUAGUCCAACAGCGCUAGGUCCUGAAUUUACAUCAUCAGAAACAGCUGCUGAUUCAUCUUUGUCUACUGGAAUAACGAAAAAUCCUACAGAAGUUACAGAAACUCUUUCCCCUGAAUCUUCGUUUUUAACUAAUCCUUCUUCAUUCACGGAGGAGAGGCACUUUGCUAAGUUUGCUAAAGUUGUAUCACAACAAGUUCGUCAACAAAAUUCAACUCAAUAUACAUCAAAUGUUCUUCAAUGGUGGAUUCCAUUUAGACAACUGCUACUUGACAUUGUAGAAGAAUAUCGAAAAAUGCUAGCCGGACGUCCCUCAUCACCACCACCGGCAUGUAAACAAGAUCUCUAUCAUAUGAGAUACAUUGCAACGGAUUUAACUGUUUCAGUUGUCAUCUAUUCUGUAAAUAUGAUUACGGACGUUGCUAGUUUUGCUUCAAUGUUUAAACUGGCGAGAACUUUGAAUCAACUAACUGAUGGGAAAAUGCAAAACUGUAGACUUUAG